CGGAAGAGAUCACUUCAGUAAUUAAUACUCUUCCGGAGGGAAAAUCACCCGGUAUAGAUGGAAUUACAUAUGAACAUAUUAAAUAUGGUGGUGAAAUUAUCGUAGAACUGCUACUGAAAUUGUUUAGUUAUGUUAUCGAGCUUGAAGAGAUUCCAAAGUUCUUCAAAAUGGCGAUUAAGAUCCCUAUCCCUAAAGGCAAUAAAACUUCACGAACAUAUGACGAUCACAGAGGAAUCAGCUUGUUGCCUUAA